GGGCCGAAAGAUAUCCAUGACGGGCGCUGCAAUUUGCCAUUAGCUGAAAUGUCCUCACAUAAGGUGAGAAUCAUAACAGUUGAGCCCUCAGAUGGUACGGGAUCUUUACCCCCACUGAGGGCAGAUACAAAGAAACUUGUGGAACAACAGAUUAUGCUGACAAAUAAAAGAAGUCAAGUUUUUACUCACAAGGGGCCAGGACAGACCCGAAGUCGUUCUGUACCUGACAGAACAUUUAAAGGGGUUCAAUUCACGCAUGCACGAGAUCAAAGUUUACCGAGGCCUACAGAGGCGGAAUAUCGCGACGAUUUUUCCGAUUCGAGCGACGAAGGAUUAGAAGAGCAGGAAGUCAAGCUAAGAAAUACAUCAAAGCUAGAAUUAGAACAGAUGGCAGUUGAUAUAAGUACGAGCUUGGAAGAAAAAGAGGAAAAACAUAGAGAGUCAAUGGAUGUAUCAGCCAAUAAAGGGGUAUAUGGUACAGACACGAAAAUUAAAAACGAGGCGGGCAAUAAGGAAAAAGACGACAUUGAUAAAAAAGAUAAAGUUGCAAAAGCAGAAAAGGAAAACAUUGCGACCACUUCUAACGAAUCUGACCAGGGAAAUGAGAAGAAGCAGAAGAAAAAGAAGAUGAAGCUCCCAGGUUGCUUUGGUUUUAUUUCUACGUGGAUUGCCAAAAGGAAAGAGAAACGACGCGAAAAGAAAAGGAAGGCUAUAGCUAGCCGCACCCCCACACCAACGUUAGUUCAAUAUGAGCAUAGAAAAGCACGUGGCGGGGAGUCUUUUACCAUUGAAGUAGAUUGCAAACCAUUAGUCAUGAAGCCGAUAUUGCCGCCAAUUAAGAAAGCUGUCGGGCCUAUACGCCUAGCAUGUGAGGCUCGACAAGAAAAGGCCGAAGCCAAAAGAAAUGAGGAGCUUUCCAAAAAGAAGGUACUGGCAAGAGAGCACCAGAGAAAAAAAACUGAAUGCAAGCAACGAAAGGACGAGGCCGAACACCGGUUUCAGGAAAGAGUUCGACUCACUAUCAGAUAUAGACAAGCAGACGCCGAAAGGAAUAGGAGCCGCAUGUCGUCCCAAAGAGCCAGCAUUAGCCGAAUGUCAACCAGAGCAAGAAGCUCACUGGCUGUUUCCUCCUCCUCAGAGUCUGUCGACGAGGGCAAUAAGAAAGCCCUCAAGGUCGGCAGCUCUCAUUAAAUUUUAGGCCGGUCGACACACCCUAUAAAUAGUAGGCCACAUACAUUAUGCUAUUGUCACGUGAUAGGACGUUUUCUUGACAUAAGCUACAAAAAAGCAGCUUAAUCCCUUUUCUCUUACUCGGUUUUUAAUUUUAUAAUG